GCCGGCGUGGGCUGGAGCGGGUCGGGUACAACAAGUAGGGGCAUUUCAGUAAUUACGAGACUUCAACGAGUCAUCUCCCAAAACCCUUCGCAGAUAAUCUCCAAAAACCCCUAAACCCUCCCAAGGAACUCAUUUUUCACAGUCGGCUUCUGUCUGGUCCGGACGCAAGAGCCCACCAUGGUUUCCGUUGCUCUCAGAAAUCCCAAUUCCAGGAGAUUUCUACUGCUAUCACCUCAAAUCUACUCUUCAUGUCGAGGAUCCAUCUCCUCUCAGCUUUCCAUAUCAGAAUCAUUGGCUGGGAAUGAGAGCUCUUCGUCUACCUCUCCAUGGUGGAGAUCCAUGGCCACGUUUACUAGAACAAAACCUCACGUUAAUGUGGGAACUAUUGGACAUGUUGACCAUGGAAAGACUACAUUAACUGCUGCAAUAACAAAGGUUCUAGCAGAAGAAGGGAAAGCUAAAGCCAUUGCCUUUGAUGAGAUUGACAAAGCUCCUGAAGAAAAGAAGAGAGGAAUCACGAUUGCUACGGCCCAUGUGGAGUACGAGACUGUUAAACGGCACUAUGCACAUGUGGAUUGCCCGGGACAUGCAGAUUAUGUGAAAAACAUGAUUACUGGGGCUGCCCAGAUGGAUGGCGGGAUUCUGGUUGUCUCUGCCCCUGAUGGGCCCAUGCCGCAGACGAAGGAACACAUCUUGCUAGCACGUCAGGUUGGUGUGCCAUCACUAGUGUGUUUUCUAAAUAAGGUUGAUGCUAUUGAUGAUCCAGAGUUACUAGAACUUGUGGAAAUGGAGCUCCGUGAGCUUCUGAGCUUCUACAAAUUCCCUGGGGAUGAAAUUCCUAUCAUUCGAGGCUCAGCUUUGUCAGCUUUACAGGGUACAAAUGAAGAAAUAGGGAAAAAAGCUAUUUUAAAAUUAAUGGAAGCUGUGGAUGAAUACAUUCCUGACCCUGUACGCCAACUUGACAAGCCAUUCCUAAUGCCAAUUGAAGAUGUUUUCUCUAUCCAGGGACGUGGGACUGUUGCUACUGGCCGUGUUGAACAAGGAACUAUUAAAGUUGGGGAAGAAGUUGAGAUUUUGGGGUUAAUGCAGGGUGGUCCUCUAAAAAGCACUGUGACUGGUGUUGAGAUGUUCAAGAAAAUACUAGAUCAUGGUGAAGCUGGGGACAAUGUGGGUCUUCUUCUACGUGGCCUUAAGCGGGAAGAUGUGCAGCGAGGACAGGUAAUUGCAAAGCCUGGUUCGUUGAAAACCUACAAGAAGUUUGAGGCAGAGAUAUAUGUCCUCACUAAGGAUGAAGGUGGGCGCCAUACUGCAUUUUUCUCGAACUACAGGCCUCAGUUUUAUUUGAGGACUGCAGAUGUCACUGGGAAAGUGGAAUUGCCUGAAAGUGUCAAGAUGGUUAUGCCUGGGGACAAUGUGACUGCAGUUUUUGAGCUAAUUUCAGCUGUGCCUCUUGAAGCAGGACAAAGAUUUGCCUUGCGAGAGGGAGGUAGAACAGUUGGUGCCGGGGUAGUUUCAAAGGUACUGAGCUGAGACUCAAUCCCAGCAUUCACAGGCCUGAUCACCAGCCCCUUCGGCUGUCUUUUUCUGCACAUUGGCAAAAGGGUGAGAAACAUCUUGGGAAUAGAUGAGAUGUGAUAAUUGCAUAAACAGUGCACCCCUUGAUGUGAUAUUUAUUCCAGGCAUUCACAACUGAUGUUCUGAAAAUGAGUAAAUUAAAAGGGAAGAUCUUCCAUCUUUUUUCCCAUAGUUGUUCAUGAUUGGUUGACAGUUUUGAUUGUUUUUAAAGUACUCUGUGGUAUAGUUGAAUAAUUUAUGUUGAGUUCUAUUGAUUCUGGACUAACUGUUCAUUGCUGCAACCACGGGAAGUGUAUUGAUUGUUAUGGAAGUAGGAUGUUGAAUUUUUC